AAGAAGCUGAGGUCUAAAGAAAUGAGACAUGGAUAGUGGGGGAUUUUGUUCCAGAUGCAUCUUUUUGCACUAUGCCAGCUUUACAAAAUGUUGUUUUCCUCCUGAGCGAGGGCAAGUCAUUUGUAUGGAUGGGCCUGGCUCCUCGGCUCCUCUCCCUGGGCUGGCACCACCCCCAGUUACCAGCCUAGCAACGGCAGCUCACAGCCCUGAAGCCGGAGCUUGGCAGUCCCCGCAUGGGACCAUUAAAACCAACUCAGCUGCAGAACAGGUAUUCGGAGCAGCUGUGACCAGCGGACCUGGGGGAAAGGCCCCGCUAGGAGAACCAGGCACUUUGGGGCCCCUGUUCCCAUGCAGCAUGAUGGCCCUGAGGAUUUUCCGUUGCCCGAGCUGCGACAUGGGCUUCCGCUCCAAGCACCUGCUGGACAAGCACGUGGAGAAGUUCUGCAUUGGCCGUCAGGCAGCAGGCGACUCCUUUGCUCUCAAUGCCAGACACCGGGAGCAGGGGAAGAAGAUGCCCAGGAACACAGACACUCCAGACCACACGCAGCGGCAGCUGGGCGACCCGCGGGUGAGGAGAGUCCGUCUGGGACAGCAGCCGCAGGACUUCCUGAGCGACCGCGAGAGGAACCUUCUCGGAGGCUAUGAGCUUAAAGGGAGCCCCUCAGACAGCCGGGCCUUGAGGAAGCUGACGGAGGAGUUCCACAAACUGAGGAUGUCUCUGGAGGACACUGUCCCUACUCUCCCACCCUUGAAGCCAGAGGAGGAUGCCGGCCGUCUGAUUUCCCACCGGCAGGGGUACAGGGAGCGGCUGCAGGAGAUAGCAAAGGCGCACGAGCACCAGAUGGCUGCUAUCCAGGCCAGGAACCAGCAUCUGGAGCGGCAGGGAGAGGAAAUCCGCAGGCGCCUGUCGGAGCUGGCCCUCAGCAACUCUUCCAGCGCGCACGUCGAGCAGCAGCUGCUGGAGCUGAAGGCCCAGGAGGGGAAGAAUCAGCUGGCGCUGGAUGCUCUAAGACACCAGAUUGGGCUCAUGCAGGCUGCAGACACGAGAAGCAGGUUGGAGCCAGACAGCCGUACCAACGCAGCCGGGGCCACGGAGAAGGUGGGCGAGAAGGUCUCCAUCAGUCUCAUCCCAUUCCCUCCGGCUGCCGGGCCCCUCUCCUCAGAAAUCAGAGCCCUGCACCUGGCCUACCUGCAGGGUGGGGGGAGUGACCCUGCCGUUCUGGCGCAGAUGUACGACCUGCAGGUGGAGGCCACGGCGCUGGAGAGGGCGGCUGGGAGGCAGGAACACAAGGAGAGGAAGAAAAAACACCAGGCGGCCGGCGUUGGCCCCCGGGGCCUGGACGCAGAGCUGCUGGCUGUGGAACUGGAGAAUCAGCGGCUGGAGGACGAGCUUUUUAAGCUGAAGAUGCAGAGGGAUAAGAGGAGGGUGGAUGACGGUAGGCAGGGCAUGUCCAGCCUCUCUCCGCAGCACGGAGCAGGUGGCACAGAGGGAUCCCCUGAGUGGGGCAUCUGGGUUGCUCCCCUCCCUCCCUUCCCCGGUGGACCAGGACCCACGAUGGCACCCUGCGUUCAGGCUGCUUGGCAGUGCGCCUCCCCUCUGCUUUCUGGCUCCCUUCCCCCAGGCGCGCUGGACAAGGAGCUGGCGGAGCAGCAGCGGGCACACGCGAUGGAGUUGGCUCAGCUGCACGCCGAGGUCGGGAUGCUGAGACGUGAGGCAGAGAGGGUGCAGCCACGACGGGCUGGGAGGAGGUCGCCACCCAUGCUCCCACCGCCAGUAGCCCCACCCCUGCCACCGCCCUUGCCUCUGCCAGGCCUGCGUGAGCUCCCCUUCAUGCAGGACCGAAUGGGACCUCAGACCCAUCUCAGCAGAUACUUGCUCGACGCUCUGGGACCUGCUCCGUAUGACCCAGCGGCCGGCUUUGUGAUAUUCUACGACUUCCUGCUGGGCUUGGACCCGACCUUCUUCCAGGUUUGCCUGGUGGCUGGGCUUUACCGUGAUGGGCAGGAGAUGGGCAAGCCAACCCCUCUCCCUGUCGCUUACUGCCAAGUGGGCCAGUCCCCACCCUAUGUAGUAGAUGGGCAGAGAGGCAACGGUGCAAUCCUAUCGGCUAAACAGCCGGUCCCAAGAGUCCGGCCCUCAACGUCCAUCGCUCUGGUGAUGGAGCUGCAGGCCUCUGGGGGCUUCGACGCCUACGGGCAGGAGAUCCAGCGCCUGGCCUCCCGGGGAUGGGCCAAAAUCAACCUUUUUGACCAGCUCCACCAGCUGAUCAGCGGGCGAUGGAAGAUUCCGGUCCGGUUGCUUCCGGUGCAGCCAGGCCUCACAACAGAACAGCUGAAUGGGAUCCCUCAGGCUGGCAAGACGGAGCUUUACCUUCGGGUGGUGAAUGCGAGAGACGCCGACGUGCAGUCGAUGGCCGAGAUCGACCCUGGCAACGCCGCCAUGUACCAAUACCCUCCCACGGUGUCCAGCCGCACAGCGCCCCCUGCAGGCAGCCUUCCAAUCCAACGCCCUUUCCACCCUGCCCCCACCAGCCUGUACCUUUCUGCUCCUCCUUACGCUGGCUUUGUUGACCCGCCUCCUAUUCAGGAACAGCAUGUCCAGCACAAAACUAGUCAAAGGCGUGGUGGAGCAGCCCUUCGGGGCGGGAAGCUGACGGAGGCCCAGGAACGCAGGGUGCAGCCCCAGCAGGGAGAGCCCAGGAAUGACGACAAUGCGGGGAAGAGGUUGGGGUUCAUCAUAGACCGGGUGAAAGGCGCCCCGCUGGGAGACGGGGUCCUCAGGCUGACCGGCUAUCACCAGAAAACGGGGCAGGUGAUCAGCACCAGGAACUCCGGGAUGACUUGCUACGCGACCCCUGUGAGAUCCAACAUUAAACUCGGCUACUUCAUAUUCGGGGAGCAGGAGGUGACUUUCCUGGACCUGCUGCCGCAGGAGGACAUGAUCCUGAUUGUCCGCUUUUACCACUGGCCCAGUGGAGGGGUGGCCACCACCCCGUGGGACCAGGGGUCGGGCGGGCAGCAGCUGCUGCUGGGAACUGAUGCGUGGUUGGCUGCCUGGGCCAUCCUCAGACUGACCAAGCCUGCUGGAUCCGGUGUGGCGACGAAGGGGGGCCUAGGAGCAGUGACCUGGAACACGGGGCCCCACGAUUUGACCCUGUAUCAUGGCCCUGUGCCUCCUGCCCAUACACUCUCAGUCCUGCCCGAGGAGCGGCAGCACAGGGGCUUCGAGCCAUACGGCAGUGCCAGCGUGAGGCUGCACCUGUUCAGCGACGAGAAGCCGGAGCAGCCUUUCCCACCCGAGUCGCCAGUCCCUCUCAGCCAGCCGCAGGACUGGCCCUGGGCGGCGUUCAUCCAUCACACCAGGGAGACGCCCGCCUCGGAGCCCUUCAGCGCCACAGACGGCUUCGACCUGUACAUUGACGGGGCCCGGUUCCUGCCUGAUGCCGUCACCAUCACUAGGGUCGCUGGCCGGAUCUUUGACAGCCACUACCACCAAAUCGGGCCAGACAUUUCCACCGCCAUUGAUUUGAGCAGCAAUAUCUUCGAGCCACUCUACAACUAUCGCGUGGAGAUCCGGAAUCCACCAGUGCCGCCCUCCGCUACGCUCUUGCUAAAGGUCUGUGCCGCGGCCAGGCAGGUGACAGAUGUCAUCUCCCCGGCUGGCAGGAUCUCCACAAGCCCUUGCUGUGUGGGGCAGGAGAGGGGAGCUGCUCUUCCCCUGCGAGUGACGGGACUGUACUGAGUUUGUGCAAGGUGCUGGCCCAGCUUUUCUCCCCGGGGGGCUCUGACUCGACACCGAGCUGCCUUUGAUUCUUACAGCUCUACUCCCUGGAUCGGUUCAGUUCCAAGCUCGUCCUGAUCGGCUGGGCAGUUCUCAAUCUCUUUGUGGAAUCUGGGACGCACAGA